AUGAUACGUCUGGUCUACCUAGCUUCGUUGUUCUCUACUGUUUGCGGUCUUCCAACCGCAACAAACCAUAGCGGACAGCCCGUAGUCGAUCUCAAGUAUGCCAAGUAUCAAGGCGUCCGUCUAGAAGGCGGAGUCGACGAGUUUCUUGGGAUGCGCUAUGCAUCUCCGCCCAUUGGUGAUCUGAGAUUUCGGGCGCCCCGGGAUCCGUCUGCGAAUCAAACGCUUCAGAGUGCGACGGAGUAUGGGCCAAUUUGCAUCGGGGUAGACGAGGAAGAGUCGCCUGGCGAAAUAAGCGAAGACUGCCUGUUUAUCAAUGUUUUCAAGCCGUCCACAGCCACGUCUCAAUCAAAGCUACCUGUUUGGCUCUUCAUACAGGGCGGUGGCUACGCAGAGAAUUCCAAUGCCAAUUACAAUGGAACACAGGUGAUACAACAGUCUGGUGACGCGAUCGUAUUUGUAACAUUCAAUUAUCGUGUUGGUGCCCUUGGCUUCCUGGCCAGUGAACAGAUUAGGCAGAACGGGGACUUGAAUGCCGGACUGCUUGACCAGCGCAAAGCUCUCAGAUGGGUCAAACAAUACAUCGAGAAGUUCGGGGGCGAUCCCGACCACGUCGUGAUCCAUGGGGUGUCGGCGGGUGCUGGCUCCGUUGCAUACCAUUUAUCCGCCUACAGUGGUAAGGAUGAAGGGUUGUUCAUCGGUGCAAUUGCUGAAUCGUCUUUUUGGCCGACCCAACGAACAGUGUCGGAGAUGGAGUUCCAGUUCGAACGAUUCCUCAAUGACACAGGCUGUUCUACUGCUCGUGAUCCCCUGGAGUGCCUGCGAACACAGGACAUUGCAACCAUUCAGAAAGGGAAUACUGCCUCUCCCUUCCCUGGGGGAAGUAGUUCCCCGCUACCAGAUUGGUACUUUCUCCCUGUGACCGACGGCAAUCUAAUUCCGCACGAGUUGUACCACGCGUUCGACGCAGGCAACUUCAUCAAGGUUCCCGUCUUGGUAGGCGACGAUACCGACGAAGGCUCUAAUUUUGCCUACAACGCUAGCAGCAGUGCAGAUGUGUCGCAAUUUUUCAAGAAUAACUAUCCGAAUCUCAAUUCCCAGCAACUUGACACCAUCAAUCAAGUUUAUCCUCGGGGCAAGCUGCUGCCACGGCACGCAGCAUACUUUGGUGCUUCCUCCGCAGCAUAUGGGGACGCAACAUUUACUUGUCCUGGAAAUCAUGUAGCGUCAUCAGCUGCCAGAUACUUACCCAAUGCAGUGUGGAAUUACCGUGUCAACAUUAUCGACGAGUCAAACAUCGCUGGUGGCAUCGGUGUCCCGCACACGUUUGAGCUACCCGCGAUCUUCGGAGCAGGAUCGACCGGGACUCUCAGCAGUGACUCGUCGUAUCUGAGUUAUAAUGCAGCUAUAAUCCCCGUUACGAUGCAUUACUUCAUCAGCUUUGUCCAGGCACUGAACCCGAAUACAUAUCGAUAUGCAGCAGCGCCAGAGUGGAAUACGUGGGGGGAUGGGCAGCGUCUCCGGCUGCAGACGAAUAAUACUGCGAUGGAGGCUGUGCCGCCGAACUCGGUUCAGGAUUGUGCGUUUUGGAAGAGCCUAAGCGUGCCAAUGGAGGUAUAG